AUGGGGGAAGCUCCUAUUUCUGAACUACUACAUUAUCCGGAGCGGGAGAUUCUCCGUAGCUACGAGCUGCGUCUCCUUCGUUGCACAUACUGUCCUCCAUCCAUGGAUUCUCUAUUUCAAUGCCAAUCUUCACCGUCCGAUGUUCUUUCUCUUAGCAGCAAGCAACACGAAUCUAUCAAUCAAGUGCUCAGCUAUAUCGAGGACGGCGACUAUCUCCAAGCUCUGUCCCUGGAUGUGGCUACUGAGCUCCUUUCCCUUGGCGUUGCUGAGGAGAAUGAGAAUGACGCCGAUGAUCAGGUUUGCUCCAAGUUGCUGGCACACGUUGAAAGGUUCGUGAUGAGUGGAAUUCGUAGCGACGAUUUUGACGAAAUUGCGUGCAGAGCGAUUUUCGUGUUGUGUAUUGGCGUUGCCGCGCUUUUCUACUUCACUCAAUCCAAUAUUACCGGACCAUUGGAUGAGGUAUCUUCACCGCCUCUGCCAUUCCAAUUUGCUGAAGGUAGCAACAUGAUAGACUGGGAGACGUGGUCACGGAACCAGCUUAUGUCCGAGGGAGCUGACUUGCAUGGGAUGUGCUCUAACCUUCUGUAUAUAGUUUUGGCUAAAAUUUUGGUCAUGAAGACAAAAGAUUUGUUAUGUGAAGGAAGUGUUUCUUCUACAUAUGCGGUCAGAAGCACUUCAUGGUGGCUCUCUAGGCUGUUAUUUACUGAACAGAGAGUUUUAAGCCAGCCGUCUUCUUUACUUUUUGAUCUGUUGCAAGUAUCUGUGAGCGAAACACUAAAUCAUUUUGGCACCGUGGAAAAAGUGUCAAACUAUUGGGGUGCUAACUUACUUGGUGAAGAAGCUUCUACUCUUGUCUCGGUUGCCCACUUGGAGGCUGGAAUUAUACAGCGGCUCUAUGGACUUGUUGAUUCAGCAAGAAAGCAUAUCGGUUCAGCUGAAGCUGCUGCAGGGCUUCAGUUAUCCGUUACUGGAGUUCUUGGAUAUCGUAAUGAUCCUCAAGUAAAACCUACGGCUCAGAGGGUGCUUCUUUUGAACAGAACCUCAUUAAGCAAUGGUGGUGGUGGUUCCUCGGCGAGAUAUAAUCCACUGUCUAAACUUGUUGAAGAUAGUUUGGAUCCACAAAAAACAGACGAGUCUGAAUCGUGUGAUAUACUUAAGAAACCGAUAUUGUUCGAUAAGGGAUGUAAAGUUGGAACCGCGUUGCUGCAAGAUGAGAUAUGUGGUCCUUCUCUUUUAAGUCCAACCCAACAAGCAGUUAUCUUGACCCAUUGCUAUAUGAUUCAGAAAGGCUCUCAGCAUGACGAAUUGACAAAAUGGGAUGUUGCUCCAUUUGUCGAGGCAAUUGAUUCUCAGCCAUCAUCAUUGUUUACUCUAGAAUUUUUUUGUAACCUCUUGCGUGUACGUUGGGAGUCAACUCGUAGCAACACUAAACUUCGCGCAGUAGAGAUGAUGGGAAAGCUGGUCGAGAAUCUUGAAAAGUCUUUUCCUGGAGUGGCACGGAGGAUUCCGUUUUGCUAUGUAGCUAAUUUCCCUACAAUUCCAACUCUAAAAAAGGAAUAUGGUGAACUCCUUUUGAGCUGUGGCUUGGUAGGGGAGGCAAUUAAAAUCUUUGAGGCUUUGCAGUUAUGGGACAAUCUGAUACAGUGCAAAUGCUUACUGGGGCAGAAAACAGCUGCGGUUGAGCUCAUUAAGAUGCGACUCUCUGAAAUGCCUAACGACUCAAGGUUAUGGUGUUCCUUGGGUGAUGUAACAAAUGAUGAUAGCUGCUAUGAAAAGGCUCUUAAGGUUUCCAACUAUAACUCAGCUAGAGCCAUGCGUGCUCUGGCCCGAAGCGCUUACAACAGAGGGGUGUAUGAGCAAUCUAAAACGCUUUGGGAAUCUGCGAUGGCCUUGAAUUCCUUAAAUCCAGAUGGUUGGUUUGCUCUCGGUGCCGCUGCAUUGAAGGUAGCUUUUGCUCUAUGGUUAUUCAAUCAUCAUCUGUUAAGCUGCUCUACUGCAAUUUAUAAAAUAAUUGUUACUUGGCAGGCCGUGGAAGCUCUACAGAGAGUUGCAGAUAUCACUGGUAAAAGAAUCGAUGUAAAGUUAGUGGUGCGGAUCAUGGAAGAAAUGGAAAGAAGAAAUUCAAGUAUCGGUUCAAGGAUACCCUUAUCUAGCUAUGAGAAUGAGCCCACUAGUCAAAGUGGCAACCCUGUUUGUAGCACAGAAGCAGAAGGAAAUGUGAGCGAAACUUUGCUGUUGCUGGAACUGCUGGGGAAAAUUCUACAGAAGAUGGUGAAAAAUGUGAGCAGACCGGAGAUUUGGGGAUUGUAUGCCAGGUGGCAUAAAAUCAAAGGAGAUCCCAUUAUGUGCUCUGAAGCCCUAUUGAAGCAAAUCAGAGGGUAUCAGGGCUCUGAUCUAUGGAAAGAUAGCGAUCGAUUCAAGAAGUUUGCCCAUGCUUCGGUGGAACUAUGCGAAGUGUACAUGGACAUGUCUGCAUCAACAAGUAGCUGUACGAAACUCUCAUCAGCUGAGAUGCACUUGAGUAACACUAUUAGACAGGCAAAGAGCUUCUCGGACACACAAGAAUUUCAGGAUCUUCAAGCUUGUCUGGAUACGGUUAGGGCGAAACUUAAAUCUCGUACCACGUUAGCUCCAUAGUUUUCAGAAUCUUCACAAAACGACUUUCAUCUUGGGAACGAGGCCGAAGAUACGUGCAUGUACAAAAUUGGCUGUAGUUUCCAUCUUCAAGAUUUUGAAGUUCAAUAGUUACUUGUCCACGUCGUUUUUAAUCCAAUGAGCCAUCGACGGGU